GGCGUCGCAUAGCCUGCCUGUGAUUCCAGUUUCCAUUCUCCCAUAUCUCUGGCGUGUGUGCUCCUCGCGAGGAAUCCAGAUCCGUGAAUUUCGGUGUGUUGGCACUGGCUGCUGGUAUGGGCUUUUACCCCUUGAGCACAGAACCUUCCUAUUUGGAUACUGAUAUCCGAUCUAGACGACUACCGAAAUUAUACACGAACUAAGGCCAUAUUAACGAUUCAAUUUUCCUAGAGACAACGAUCUCACAUCUACGUCACUGUCCUUUUUUUCGAUCUUUGAUAGAUCGGCGAUGAAUCGAACAGACAGUGUUGCGGGUUCCUAUCUACCCAAGAUACCCAGCCAGGAACCGCUACCAGAUCCUACCACCAUACGGCACCGCAACAAACCUCACAGAAGCAACGCCCAAUCCUUCUCUUCCACUCAGGCUGCGAAUAUGGAACCGCGGCGACCAGUAUCUGAGCAGCGCUCACGACCAUUCCACCGGCAACAAUCAACCACCUCAUCAUCAGAAAACUCCAAGAGUCGAUCGCAGAGCCGUGGCCAUGGCUCAAAACCCUCAUCGAGGCGAACUUCUUGUACCAUUGUGGAUCCAUCAAGACCGGCGCGUCACUAUCGAAUGAAGAGCCACCAAACACCUCCCACAGCAACCAGCCAGGACGUUGACGACGUCCUCGCCUUACAUUUUCGCAGCUGCAGCAUCUUCACCAACCCAUCCUACCACUCGAAUUCCGGUCUACCCAGCCCAACGCUAUCCCAAGGUGGUGACGCAACCUUUGGCUUCCCCAGCGCAGCCACGCGUUUCAGUUCCGACAGUCUGCGCGUCGUCGAAGAAACACCCAUGCACCGCCGCCAAAGCGAGGACACCAUUGCAGAAGAAGAGACCAACACGACUAUGCACUGGACCUCGCCAUGUACGCGCAAACGCGAGUAUGAAAGGAUCGACAAGGCCAACAGCGGUCUUCGGGGUUUCUUCCGCAAGGUAACACCACGAUGUGUUUCAGGUCCGCAGGAAAAGUUUUACUCGGACAAGGACCAGUCGGAUGCUGGAUCUGUGCGACGUUAUCGCAUGGAGGAUCUGGAUGACGAUGCGCAUGUGGAUGAGAAGCAUGAUGCGAGACCCAGGACGAGUCCGAUGCCUAGACCAGGGUCGAGACCGGGGAUUGCGAAGAGGUGGACGUGUUUCUAGAUGAGACGGAGAAGACACAGAGAGAGAGAGAGAGACAGAGAGCGAGAGAGAGCAUAUUACGCAGCGAUGAUUUUGGCAUAUUUUCCGCGGCAUUGAAAAGAGGCGUUUGCUAUAACGAUACCCACGGCAUGUUUUCUUGUUUUGCAGGUCUGUUAUCGAGGAGAGGAGAGUUUGCAUUAUACCAACCGAUACGUCCAUAGAGUAGAAGUUCGUCCUUAAUUUAUAGUUUAUUGCAUCGAUCAAAGAAUCCGCGCCGAUUUAGUGAAUUGGAUGUUUUACCUGUAGUUCGCAAAGUGCCA